GUGUGCUGAGGAAAGGAGAGGAGAGAGACGCGCCGUAAGAGUGAAUAAGAUCGCAGUUGGAGCAGUUUGCUUUUAAAAGAAAAAUAUAUAUAUAUAUAUAUAUAUAUAUAUGAAUAACGUUUAAAAAAUUACAUAUUUAAGCUGUAUGUGUACAAUCACAAUUUCAAAAGUAGACGAUAAUACAUAAGUAACCGCAAUGUCGGCCCAGGCUCAGAUGAGAGCUUUGCUCGACCAGUUGAUGGGGACUGCAAGGGACGGCGAUGAAACUCGACAGAGGGUGAAGUUUACUGACGAUCGUGUCUGCAAAAGCCAUCUUCUAGAUUGCUGCCCCCAUGACAUUCUUGCUGGAACGCGCAUGGAUCUGGGGGACUGCUCGAAGAUACACGACUUGGCACUGAGAGCUGAUUAUGAAAUCGCUUCCAAGGACAGAGACCUGUUCUUUGAGUUGGAUGCAGUGGAUCAUCUAGAAUCCUUUAUCGCUGACUGUGACAGAAGAACAGAACUGGCUAAGAAACGCCUGGCUGAAACCCAGGAAGAAAUAAGUGCCGAAGUUGCAGCAAAGGCUGAAAAGGUCCACGAGUUGAAUGAAGAGAUCGGAAAGCUCCUAGCCAAGGCAGAGCAGCUGGGGGCCGAAGGGAAUGUGGAUGAGGCUCAGAAAGUACUUCAAGAGGUUGAGAGAGUGAGAAGCAGGAAGCGCGAAGCAGAGGAGGAGUACAGAAACUCAAUGCCUGCAUCUAGUUUCCAGCAGCAGAAACUGCGAGUGUGUGAGGUGUGCUCCGCCUAUCUGGGUCUCCAUGACAACGAUCGCCGCCUGGCUGAUCAUUUUGGUGGGAAACUGCACCUGGGGUUCAUUCAGAUCAGGGAAAAGCUGGAACAGCUGAAGAAAACUGUGUCAGAAAAGCAGGAAAAGCGAAACCAAGAGCGCCUGAAAAGACGGGAAGAGAGGGAGCGGGAAGAAAAAAUGAAGAGGAGAGGGGAUUCUUCAGUGACUGAUGCCCCAGGAGAACAGCCUAGGGGGACGGCAUCAGGGACCAGAUCACGAAGCAGAGAGCGUAAGAGGUCGCGCUCUCGAGAGCGUAGGAGACGCCGUUCCCACUCCUCUUCCCGGGAGAGGAGGAGGUCUCGCUCCAGAGACCGGGAGAGGAAGCGCCGGCACCGCAGUCGCUCCCGCAGCAAGGGUCGUCGGCGCAGCCCCCGCGACCGCAGCAGAGACCGGAGCUCCAAGCACAAGUCUUCAAGAGACCGUUCUUCCCGGGACAGAUCUCGGGAUAGGGACAGGAAGGAGAAGAGCUCAUCGGAGAGGAGGCAUGAGAGCAUGAAUGGCAAGGAGUCCAGGAGAUCAGAGGAGAGAGAGGCUGGAGAGAUCUAAUGAGAUCAGAGCCUAUUUGGUUCCAUGUUCCACUGUACAUUCACAGAAAAUGAACCCCAGCAAUUUGUCUUCUCUUUCUGUACAUGUAGUUGAGUAUAACUGUUGAAUACUACUGGAUAUAAGGACUUUUCUUUUCCUUUCUAGGGUUUGAGGAGCUUUGGCUUCUUAAAUUUUUUUUCUUUUUUUUUUUUUAAAUAGAAAACUGCAGUUCAUUGGGCAGACUUGCUGAAAUCUUGCUGAAAGAAAGUUUUCUUUAACAACCAAAUGGGGUUGGGGUAAACCGGGGAUUGCUUAGGAGACCAGGAAGAUCCUCCUUGGUUUUUUGCCUUCGCUUCACUGAUUUACUGUAGGGCUUGAGUAAAUCAUCGUAUGUGGUGGUGGCUGUAUAGAUUUAGAACAAGAAGUUAUUUCUCAUUUUUGAAAGUUUUGUUUUUAAUGUCAGUUUGUAGUACAGAAACCAAUUUUAUAUAAAGUUUCCUUUUCUUAAUGCCUAAACAAAUUUGUAUUGAAUAAACAUUUUGCUUGUUUCCCCCCCAAAACUCUUGAAAGCAGUGACCCUGUAUCAAAUCUAAAUGGUAGUCGUUUCUGGGGUGCGGACUUCUUUCUGGCUGUUGCAGUUGAUCAGUUUAUUUUUGCUGUUUUUUUUCUUUUGUUAAAUUUAUUUUACAAAUUAGCCAGGUCCCCCCCCCAUGAAAUUGUUACUAUACUUUCUAGAAAUUCAAGCUUUAUGUACCCAUAACCCUGAACAAAAAAAGAAGCUUGCAUCCCUGGGCAAAAUGUAUUUGGCAAUUUUAGUGGAAUAUUGCAUUUAAGGGCAAGGUAAUUAUCGUGUACAUAUGGAUUGUUGAGGGUGAGAAUUUUGAAAAGUGUAGAAACAUAAACUAAAUUAAGAUUUGCUAUGAGUGCUUUAUCAUUUAAGAACAUUACUAGAAUGUAUAUCCCCUACUGGUAGUUGUCAGUAAUUAUUUUUGGACCAUAUGUUAAAACGUGUUUUUGCUGAUAAAACUUGCUGUAAAUAUUGCAUAAGAAUUUCUAAAUGGUUCCUGGAAAUAUUCCUGCUGUGCCUCAUUUCACAAUUAAACUUUUAUCGGUUUCCAAAAA